AUGGCCACCAGCAACGAGCUAUCGAUGAAGCUCCUGAUCGAAGGCAAGUCUCAGAAGGUGUGCUUCGCCGAGGCCGGCAGCGAGUUCGUCGAGUUCCUCACCGGCCUCCUGUCCCUGCCGCUAGGCACCGUCACCACCCUGCUGACCAAGGAGCGCAUGUCGGGCAGCAUCGGCAACGUGCUCGGCAGCAUGGAGAAGCUCGACGCAAACUACAAGAGCAGCGAGCUGCCCCUCAGCCCGGCGGUCGCCCCCGCCGCGCUCUCCCGCCUGCAGCAGCUGCUGGGCGUGCAGCUCGGCAACGCCAACAACAACAACACCAACGGUAGAACAAUGGACCCCACUAUCUGGGCCAUACCCCCAAGCACAUUCUUGGCGGACAGUGGCACUGACGUCUGCUCAAAAUUCUUCUCGGCGGCCAGCGGCAGCGUCUGCCCCGGCUGCUCGCGGCGGAUGGACAAGUGUGGGGGGCACAUACUUGUGGAAGCCAAGGGGUCCGCAGCCACGACGACGCCGCUGCAGCCAACAUACACUGUCGGGGACGACCUCUCCGUGGCUCCGGCGUCCAACAUGGUGUCGGGCAUCACCCUGCUCGCGCGGUGCGGCGUCAAGGACCUGAGCACGCUGCAGGAGAGGACGGUGAAGAUCGGCAAGGAAGAGGCGCUGGGGAUACUCGCUGCUUCCCUCACGUCCAAGACCGUGCUCACUGACGUCUUCCUGCCCAAGAAGAAUGCUCGCUGCAAAAGGGAAGCUCCCGAGGAAGUCAUUCAUAUAUGA